UACCUUAAUUUGGUUGUCUGUAUCAAAAUCAUAUUAUAUUAUAUUGUCUUAAUUAGGAGUAAAGAAAAGUUAAAAAGAAGUUGAAGUAUUAUUGAAUUGUUGAUUAGGCUGUCACGAACUUUUGAGGUUUUCUUUUUUGGGUGCGAUCAGGGUAUUGAUUAUAUAAAAUAUUGUACUUGUUUCUAACAUGGCGGCAGGCGAGCUUGAUGUUUCUUGGAGAAGAAAUUUAAUAUUACGUAAUUUUUCAAAGAAAGAAUGUUGUAGGAAUGGUGGUUUCGGUCUGGAAUCAAGUCGUAUUCAUGGUGGCAGUGUUGGAAGAAAGAACGGGAAUUGUUUUCGUGCAGGCUCACUCAAUGAGGGUUGUAGAAGAAGUGAUGGUUUUGAAAUUGCAAAGUUUGGUGAAGAUGGAAUUAGAUUUCCCCCUCAGAAGAAAAGGAAGUUCUCCCCAAUUGUAUGGGAUAGAGAAGAGAAGGGAGUUGGAUUUGAUUCCAAAAACGAAAUGGUGGCAAGCAAGGCUUCUGUCAUUCAGCCCGUGUCCUUGAAUACAGGACAAGGAAUGGAAGUUUUGUCUGCGCAAUCAGUGGUGGCAGAUAAAGGACAAAUGCGGGAUAUAUCUGUGUCUAGGUGCGCGUCUGAUUCAAAUUCAUCAGACAUGUCAAGUCUUGAGAGUGGGGAGUUUAGAAGAGAGAGUUCAGAAGAAGAAAACAGGCCUAGACCAUCAGAAUCUCAGGAAAAAGGCAGUGGAGUUGAGUGUCCUAAUGAUGAGGUGAUCAAGAACAAAUCCAUGGACGUCGAGAGUGAAAGUAUCGAUCAGCUGGAGAACUCAAGUAACCAUGCGGAUUCCUUUAAGAUAGAGGAUCCCGGAAGUAUUAAUAUGCUUCAGGGUUGUAGAAGUGUGUGCGAGUAUGAAAAAGUUGACAAAAUAAACGCAGGUACUUAUGGAAUUGUGUAUAAAGCCAAAGAUAAGAAGACUGGGCAACAUGUAGCAUUGAAGAAAGUGAAGAUGGAAAGGGAGACUGAAGGUUUCCCUAUGACAGCUUUGAGAGAAGUAAACAUUCUUUUCUCUUUGCAUCAUCCUUCAAUUGUGAAUAUUAAAGAGGUUGUUACAGAUGAUGCAAAUGAUGUUUAUAUGGCUAUGGAGUAUAUGGAUUAUGAUCUGCAGAGAUUCACGAACACUGUGAAGUACCCUUUUAGUAUAAGUGAAGUUAAAUACAUGAUGCUGCAGUUGUUGGAAGGUGUCUGUUAUCUUCAUGAAAAUUGGGUAAUUCACAGGGAUCUCAAGACAUCCAACAUUCUUCUAAAUGAUGAUGGCAAGCUGAAAAUCUGUGAUUUUGGGUUGUCACGCCAGUAUACGGACCCCCUGAAGCCUUAUACUUCCACGGUGGUUACGCUUUGGUAUAGGGCUCCUGAACUCCUACUGGGAAGUAGACAUUACUCAACAGCAAUCGAUAUGUGGUCUGUUGGUUGUAUAAUGGCCGAAUUGUUGAUGAAAGAACCUUUAUUUCAGGGCAGAACUGAGAUCGAUCAGCUUGACAAGAUUUUCAGCAUUCUUGGUACGCCAAAAGAAAUGAUUUGGCCCGGAUUUUCCAAGCUGCGAGGAGCUAGAGCAAAAUUUGUUCAGCAGCCAUUCAACGUGUUGCGCAAGAAGUUUAAUGGUAUACGUUUCGGUGGUCCUCCAGCACUUUCUGAUUCAGGAUUUGACCUAUUGAAAAAUCUUUUGACUUAUGAUCCAAAGAAGAGAAUAUCAGCAAAAGCUGCUCUUGAUCAUGACUGGUUCCGUGAGUUUCCUCCUCCCAGCUAUGAUUUCAAGCCUGCAUUACAUAUCCAGCUUAGCCAACAAAAGUCAUAUUUAUAAGGUAACUGUUCAUCUUUUUUUUGGAAUGAUGGAGUGUAAAGGAAAUGGGAUCUUGUAUAUUUCAAAAAAAA